UUUCUGUAGAACUGGCGGACUGAGGACGGAAAUCUAAGGAAGUCCCCCAGGGGUUUUGGUUUAGUAACGUCCUGUUAGAACCCCAGACACAAACUGGAAGAAAUGAACUUGUUAGUUACUCGAAUGUUUUGUUGUUCGGCGACGUUUACUUAAAAAACUGACCCCGGAUACGCUCCAGUGCCCUUAAUGGAGUCCGGUCUAACCAAACUCCGCUCAAAAAGUAGCCAAUUUAGCGAUUCCUUGCUUGGGGGUACUUAGUGAAGGUAUCUAUAGGUCAGUCACAGAUCUGUAGCAUCUGCUGGUAAAUACGGCGUGAGUUAGCUCAAAGACAGAGCAAUGAUUACUAAUAUCACACAGAUGCAGAUCAGUCCAUGGAGGGACACACUCCUGUGUCUGAAAACCCUCACGCAGAGUACGGCCUGACAGAAAACAUCCAGAGGACGGUGGAGAACGAGAAGGCGAGCGCAGAGAAGAUCUCUAAGCAGAAGGUGGAUCUGCAGGCGCUGCCGACCAGAGCGUACCUGGACCAGACGGUGGUCCCCAUCCUGCUGCAGGGCCUGUCGGUCCUCGCCAAAGAGAGACCUCCGAACCCCAUCGAGUACCUGGCAGCGUUCCUGCUGAAGAACAAAUCCCAGUUUGAAGAGAGAAAUUAAAGUCAUGUCUGAAAUCGUUUCAUACAGUAGAAACUUGUCUCGUCUCUGUGUUUGCUAAUAAACUGCUAGACUCUUUUUUUUAAUUUUAAUUUUAUCAGAAUAAACAUGUU